CUCUGAGUCUGACACCCUCAGUCUGUCCUCCUCUUCCUCCGCUGCAGAGACUCCAGCAGGUUGUUUCAACCAUGUUAGAUUUGUGCAUGAGGCUGCUUCUGCUCCUCCCCCUGGUUUGCUGUGUCCCCUCCCCCUCUCGACCUCCGUCCAGACUCUGCAGACGGUGCUGCGACCACCCCGAGCCGUCGCCGGCCACAGCCCAGUACCAGAUGCCGGAGGUCCGCACAGUCAUCAACAUGACCAUCCUCAAAGGUGACAAAGGAGACAAAGGCGAUAAAGGUACACCUGGAAAACCCGGUCUGGAGGGCACCUCCGGUUACCGAGGACCCAUGGGCCCUAAGGGCAGCAAAGGCCAGGCGGGUUCCCCCGGUGACGCCUGCAAGAUCCCUCACUCCUCCUUCUCCGUGGGACGUCGAAAGUCCCUGCACAGCGUGGACUACUAUCAGGCGCUGGUGUUCGACACGGUGUUCGUCAACCUGCACGAGCACUUCAACAUGUUCAAGGGCAAGUUCUACUGCUACGUGCCAGGGAUCUACUUCUUCAACAUCAACAUCCACACCUGGAACUUCAAGGAGACCUACCUCCACCUGAUGCACAACGACAAGGAGCAGGUGAUCCUGUACGCGCAGCCCAGCGAGAGGUCCAUCAUGCAGAGUCAGAGCGUGAUGCUGGACCUGGCGCUGAACGACGAGGUGUGGGUACGACUCUACAAGAGGGAGCGGGAGAACGCCGUCUACAGCGACGACGUGGAUGUUUACAUCACCUUCAACGGAUACCUGGUGGCUCCGAGCAUCCAGUGAAAACAUGGAGAUAACGAGCGGAUCGGCAAUAACCUCUGGGUCGGAUUAUUUCGAUGUUUUUUUUUGGCCAUGGAUUCUACUUUCUCCCAAGACAGAAGAACUAAAUAUGACUUUACAAGUUUGGUGCUAUUUUCACUCUCAGCCUGGAAAGAACUUUAAAGUGGACUUCCCAUAAAACAUAUUAGAAUCAAAAGGAGCAAUAAUAAAGAGAAAGGUAACGAAGCACACGAUUAGGAAAGAAUGUUAAAUUACUUCCUUUGUGCUAGAAAUACUUUUUUUUAAAAACAUAUUUUCUUCUUCUGUGCUAUGCUACUUCUCUUCGCUCCUUUCAGGGACUUUUAAAAGUUCUUGUAAUUAUCUUAUCAGGAAACAUAAAUCUGUGCAAUCAUUUGUAUAUUUGUGCUAAUGUGAGCAGUGAGAUUAAAAUGUAUUUGCACAGGCCGCUGUUCAAACAUUCAGCACACGUUUCCUUGGUGCCUUUCAGAAGAACAAUUUAAAGGGUCAGUUCACGCCACCACCCCCCCCCUGAAUAAACAAGAAAACUCCCACUUAUCCUGAUCCAGUGUGCCCAGGCAAAUAGUUUAAAUUGAUGUGACAUAAGAAUUCAGCCACUGCACGAGAUUUUAAGAACUUUGCCUCAGAGGUUUGAAAAUGAGCUAAUUGGAUGGAAUAUGAUUAUUCCUAUAAAUUCAUAUUUUAAACAUAUAAGACAAUUUUAUUUGCAAUUAAUGUUGUUUCAAUGACUUUUCAUUUCGUCCUAUGAUAUCUCUAUUACGUCUUAUGUCGUCCUUGACAGUGAAAACCUCUAGAACCGGUUUGGUGUCAUUAUGUUCCUGUUCCAUGAGCAGUCGGUGAUUUGUUCAUCUUUAACAUGGGGAUGGGUCCUGUUGGUCUCGAUGCCUCUAAACUCACAAUCAAGUGAGUGUCGAGUGAGUUUGUGCUGAAUCCUCCACCAACCACCACCCACUGAUUAGGGUUGGGUACCAACCAAAUAACGUUAGCGCAACCAAGCACAACCGAGGUUAAAGUGAUCGGUAAGAGAGCCGGUUAAAUCAUCUGGGUGAGACACCAAGUCGAAUCUAAUGUGAGUGGCUUACACAAGCAGCACUACAUUUCUGUUGUCUGUAAUUGGAGGCAAUGGCGAGCUUACGCUUUUCAAAAAUGUAACCGCACAAAGAAAAAACUGGAUGCGUCCUUUUGUCCAGAUCCACACACCAGAUUCUUUCACUGCCCACAAACAAGGGCAAAACAAUUACAGUCAGAUCCUCAGCUAUGCUGAUCCUGAAUCUCCGACAAAAUCAUCGACAUUUUCGAUUUGUGCCUUUUUCUUGAACUGACCCUUUAAACGUGAGCAUUUCAGAACAUAUCAAAAAUAAAAAAUAAAAACUGUGGUGCUUUAUUAUCAGAUGCAGGAAUGCAUUAUGGUUUUUAAUGAUGAGAUGUCAUGUAUUGUUACAGACGUCGAACUGCAGAGCAGUUUAUGUAAAUAGCUGUAUAAUAGCUCAUAUCUGUGCUAACACUUAACGCUGCUGGGGCUGGACUGUGUGUUUGCUUGUAUUUCUGCUUCACAGAGUCUUUGUUCUGCAUCGCUCAACAGCAUAAAGACACUUGAUUAUCAGAAAUAAAAGGUUUUCAUCAU